UUUUGCGUUCAGUUUUUCAUUGUAACACACCUGAAAAGUUUGCUCAUUAAAACUUUUUCUUUUUUUCUCUUUUUUAAAGAAAAUAAUUUUGUGCAGGAAGCUGUGUACAAAAAUAAACAAUAAAACAGAUUGUUGAAAGGCUGAGAUAUACAAAGUUAGUGCAACAAAAUGAAAACAGCUUUAAUUUUAUUUUUGGUGACGAUAAGUUUAGGACUUAUUUGUGGUGAUGAUAAGAAGGACAAUGAAGUUGGAGAAAAUGUUAUCUGUAAAAAAUGCAAUUGCGAUGUUAAAAUGAAAAUCAUUGAAUGUUCAAACAAGAAGUUGACAAAGAUGUUUACUGUCGACGAAUGGGCGGCAUUGAAUGCAACUAAAGAUGAUUAUGAAAUUCUUAAACUUGAUCACAAUCUCUUGGAGGACAUCGACGUUCCAUUCCCGGUUCUUCGAUUCCCUUUGAAGGUCAUUGAUUUGAGACAUAACAAAAUCAAGAAGAUUAUCAGUAAAGUUUUUUAUAAUUUGAGCUCCAUCGAGGAGGUUGAUUUAUCAUUCAAUUUAAUGACGGCUGACAAUUUAAGACCAGAUGUUUUUGAAGGAAAAUAUUCACCAGAUGAAUAUGAACCGCUUCUUACAUUAAAACGAUUACGUUUAAGCUACAAUCUUCUAACCAAUCUUGAUUCUGAGAUUUUUGAACACACUAAGCACUUGCAAGAACUUUCACUGGCCAAUAAUCCGUUUCAAAUUAUCCAUACGAGUGUUCUUAGCGCGUUCACUGAUACUCCUCAGCUGCAGAUGCUUGACAUGAGCCGCAUGGAGUUGAGUUCUUUGCCUUUAGAUACUUUCCAUCCAUUGAAAGCUUUAAAGGUUCUUAAUCUUGACGGAAAUCUUUUUAAAACUUUCCCUGAAGCUUUAAAGCUAGCAACUAAUCUUAGAGAACUUUCUUUGAACGAGAAUCCAAUUGGUGACCUAUCAGCUGAAAAUUCUAUACCGGAACUAGCAAAAUUGGAAAAGCUCAACAUGACUUAUAUGGGAUCACUGAAAGUGAUCGGAAAAGGAGGUUUGAGUGGGCUUGAAAACCUUAAAGAGAUUCGUCUUUCCCAUAACCAUCAUCUUUCAUACAUUCAUCCAUCGGCGUUUACUUUCCCUGAAAAGGAUAAUCCAGAAAGAGAACAAUUUCCUUUAGUUGAAAAAGUAUUCUUUGAGUAUAAUAACUUGUCUAGUCUGGAUAGUCAUGUGUUACUUUGGAAUAAUGUUAAAGAAAUUCAUCUUCACGACAAUCCCUGGUUAUGUGAUUGUGACCUUCAAUGGUUCAGCGAUAUUUUGAUGAAGACAGUCAAAGAAACUACGCCACAUUUAAUUGAUCAUAUUAAAUGUGCUGCUCCUAAAAAAUUAGUUGGUCUUAAGCUUGCAGACUUAAAUACAAAACAUACUGAAUUGAGAUGCUUGGAUAAAUUUGGCGCAAAUCCAGAACUAGAUAGUGCAUUAUUGGUUGCAUUGCUCAUUGGCGUUUUACUUGGCAUGCCACUCGCUUAUGCAUCUAUAAUGAUCUAUCGACGAGGAUGUGGCAGUCGUCGUGGCCCAGCAGACUUUUCAAGAGCUUUCUAUAAACGAGCUGACAUGAACGAUGACAUCCAUAUUUAAACAUUUCGUUCAUUGUGACAUAAGUUUUACAUGAAUUUUUUAUUUUGAUUUUCUAUGACAAAUCUUAUUUAAACAAACUAAAAAAUGUUCCCUUCAUAUUAGAUGUUUUACAUAUUGUUGUGAAUAAAGUUUUCAAUCCUAAUACAAAAUUGAAUAAAAGUUUCAAAGUAGAUAAGGUAAGAUUAAUGUUAUUGCUGAAACAUUUCAAAGA